GACGGACGCUGACAAUGAGCCUCCAUAAAAGGGAGCGGCGGGGUCGGGGGCCCCGGAUCGAGCCCUCCCCGCCCGGGGUCGUGACGAGCUGAAGGCCGUGGCUGGCCGGGCGGCCGGGUGGGCGGCGGGCGGGUGAACUAGACGGUCUGCGGGCCCUGCGUGGUCCGGGGCGGGAGGCCGCCGCCAGUGGCGGCGCGCCGAGGCCUGCGCGCCCGUCCUCCGCUAUCGGGUCGCCCUUCGCCGCCUCACCAUGGCCCUCAGAGCAGAAGGAGCCGCGGCGCUCGACUGCUUCGAGGUGACGCUCAAGUGUGAGGAAGGAGAGGACGACGAGGAGGCCGUGGUGGUUGCCGUGAUCCCGCGGCCCGAGCCGAUGCUCCGAGUAACCCAACAGGAAAAGACACCGCCACCUAGGCCUAACCUGCUGGAAGCAGGUGUCGAAGGCUGUGAGGAGCCCAAGCAGCAAGUGUCAUGGGAACAGGAGUUCCUGGUGGGGAACAGCCCAGGAGGCAGUGGACGGGCACUGUGCAUGGUGUGUGGGGCUGAGAUCCGGUCCCCAUCAGCAGAUACUGCUCGCACACACAUCCUGGAGCAGCAUCCGCAUACCUUGGACCUGAGCCCCUCUGAAAAGAGCAACAUCUUGGAAGCCUGGAGCGAAGGGGUGGCCCUUCUGCAAGACAUCCAAGUUGACCAGCCAUCCCUGCCCAGCCUAGAGUCAGGCCAGGAUGGCCAUCCAGACCCCAGCUCCAACCCGGACCCUGCCAGGAUGCCAGCAGAGAUCGUGGUCCUCUUGGACUCCGAGGACAACCCAUCCCUCCCUAAGAGACUCCGGCCCAGAGGACUCCGCCCUCUUGAACUGCCUGUUGCCCCUGUCACAGAGCCAGGAAAUAAAAGGGCCCGUGGUCAGAGAUGGAAGGAGUCCUCUGAGGAGGAGCCUCCUAGAAAGAAGAGAAGCAGGCAUAUGACCAAAAACCUGGACCCUGACCCAGACCCCCCAUCUCCUGAGUCACCCACAGAGACGUUCUCAGCACCAGCCGAAGUCCGACACUUCACUGAUGGCAGCUUCCCUCCUGGCUUUGUACUCCAGCUCUUCUCCCACACGCACCUCAGGACCACAGACAGUAAGGACCCUUCUAAAGUCAGCAAAGGAGCAGCAGAGGGCCUGCCUCAGCCAGAAAGUCCCUCUUCAGGCAUAUGAAUGAGGGGUUACUUACAGGAGCAGAAAUGACUCAGAUCGCUGUGUCAUCAGAGCCCACCCCAGCAUGACUGACAUGUUACUUUCAAAACUGAACCUGGAGCACACUGUCUGCUUACAGACAGUUCAACAGGUUGAAGAUGUCCUUUCCAGGUGCCUCAGUUGGGCCAAACUCUUCCAGGUAGAGUUGGUUUCAGUUUCUCCAGGCAAGGGGUCUGGCCUCGGGCAGCUUUUCUGCUCUUCAUUGACUGUCCACCUGUCUGGCAGUCUGUUUUACAGCUCAGCUUUACUUCUCUCCUGAGGAAGCUCAGCUUUCAUUGUUUACUCUUGGCAGGGAGGGGCUUAGUGAAUCUGAUCAGUUUCCAGGACUUUGUGAGGUUUUCUGAGUUAUUUACCUUCCUGCUUAAGCAGCUUCCCUGCAGGAUAGAAUGUUUCUACCUCCAAGGAUAUUGUUAUGCAAGCCCUCUCACCCAAGUCUAUCUCCUCUCCUCUCAGGGGAAGGCCCUAGCAGGGAUUACCUCUUCUCCCAUUUCAGGAGCCAUCGGUUUUCUCCUCUUUGGCAAUCAUCUCCAAUUCUUCUGUCAUCUCACACAAAGUUGCUAUUUCUCUUUUCCUGACUCCUUCAUCCUUCUGACUAUGUCCAUUUAUUCCCAAGAUGGAGUCUUUGCUUUCAGCUGCCUCUUGCCUCUGUCUCUGGAGUUUCUGGGCUCAGAUUUUAUCCAUAACAAACUGAAGCUUAUUCUUUUUUUUUUUUCUUUUUUUUUCUUUUUUUUUUUGGUUUUUUUGUUUUGUUUUGUUUUGUUUUUUUUCGAGACAGGGUUUCUCUGUGGUUUUGGAGCCUGUCCUGGAACUAGCUCUUGUAGACUAGGCUGGUCUCGAACUCACAGAGAUCCACCUGCCUCUGUCUCCCAAGUGCUGGGAGUAAAGGCGUGCGCCACCACUGCCCGACUUGAAGCUUUUUCUUUACCAAUGCCUGUUGACUGCCAUAAAGUUAAAGACCACAGUCUGACCUCCAUUUCCAUCCUUUGAGUUAAUCCGAAACAGGCUAUAUAGCCUUGUAGACCUUCAUCCUCUUCCUCUCAAGUGACAGGUUUACAGAUACACAUCAUCAUACCUGGCAUUUCUCAUGUCCUACAGUUGGUAACACACCAUUAUUGUCUGUUGUCCCCAUUCUAGAAUGUAAGCUUGUUAGCCCCAUGAUGGUCCCAGUGGUCAUAAUACUUCAGGUGCAGCACUGUUUAUAUGUAUCUAGGAAAUGAUGUGCGUGGUUCCAACCUGGCCCUCUCUCCCUUUGGUUCCACACUCUCUACUGGUAGCCAGGCAUUACCUCUACUUGGUGGAUUAAAGUUGUCAGCAGAGGAUAUAUAGUGAGAUGCUGUCUUCAAAAAACAAACCCUAGUACCCAAGAGGCAGAGGUGGCAGAUUGCAGUGACUUUAUGGAGUUUGUGACCAGUCUGAUCUGCAAGUUCCAGGGCAGCCAAGGCUAUAUAGCAAGACCUUAUCGCAACCAAAACAAAAACCCCAACAGAAUUUUUUUUUGCAUACAGGGUUUCUUACCUCAGAAAAGUUUUCUUUCAGACACCAUUCUCGCUAGAGAGAUGGCUCCGCGGUUAAGAGCACUGCCUGCUCUUCCAAAGGUCUUGAGUUCAAUUCCCAGCUACCACAUGGUGGCUCACAACCAUCUGUAAUGAGGUCUGGUGCCCUCUUCUGGCCUGCACGCAUACAAGCAGACAGAAUACUGUAUGUAUAAAUAAAUAAAUAAAUAAAUAAAUAAAUAAAUAAAUAAAUAAAUAAAAUAUAAAAAACAGACACCAUUCUCUUAAGGUUGGGCACACCUUUAACCACAUUAUUUGAAAGGCAGAGGCAGUUGGAUAUCUGAGUUCGAGGGCAGCCAGAGCUACACAGAGAAACCUGGGGGUGGGGUUGUGGGGAGAUGCUUCCCUUUCUCUAGUAAACUGCUACCUUUGGUUUGCUGUCGCCACCCCUUCAGUGAGUUACCCUCUUCUCUCUCAACCCCACAUCUGCAAACCUCAGUUUACUCUUCUGUCAGCUACCACUACUCUGACCUAAGGUUGCCUUAACUUUUCCUGCGAGAUAUGAAGAAAUGUCUGCUUCCCCCAGAUAAGAUGCUCAGCUCACCUUAGUGUUCUGCCACUGAACUAAUGCCCCAGCUCUGUUUUACUCUUUAUCGUGAGACAGAGUCUCACUCAGUUGCUCAGGCAGGCCUUGAACUUUGGGUUAUGAUCUUCCUGCUCUACCUUCCUAUAGGCUGGGGUUAUGACCAUGUGUGUGGUCCACACUGGUUUGAUGAAUCUCUCUGUAUGUGAAUUGAACCCAGGGCUUAGAGUUUUCAUGCUCCACCACUGAGCUUGCUGUAUUCUCAGCUCUUUUUUUUUUUAAAUUUAUUUAUUAUGUAUACAAUAUUCUGUCUGUGUGUAUGUCUGUAGGCCAGAAGAGGGCACCAGACCUCAUUACAGAUGGUUGUGAGCCACCAUGUGGUUGCCGGGAAUUGAACUCAGGACCUUUGGAAGACCAGGGAAUGCUCUUAACCACUGAGCCAUGUCUCCAGCCCCUCCUUUUUGUUUUUUAAAUAGAGUUUAUACAUAGACCUGGCUGUCACAGAACUCACUGUAGUGUAGACUGGCUGACCUCAAAUUCAUGGAAAUCCACCUGCCUCUACCUCCUGAGUGCUAGGAUUAAAGUUGUGGGCCACCAGGCCUAGCUGAGAUUGCUAUGCCAUAUAAUAUCAUGUGUGUGGGUCCAAGUCAAGGACAUUUUUUUGUUCUACCUGUCUUAUCUGGAGGCUUGGCCUUGCUAUUCCCAGUAUCCUCAUGCCAAGACACCUGACUGUGUGACACCUGUCAACUCCGGGGAUGUGGAGCCUGGAUGAACGCUACAGAGCAAAGCUGGAGCAUUAACCCAGGGUGUCUGUGAUGUGCUCUGCCUUGUUACUCCCAUACUCCAUGGAGUCAGUGGAUGUGUUCUCAGCAUAUCACUUCUGUGUGCAGUCUUGGAAGUUAGGAGCUGGGGAGCAGCAUCAUGGCAUUGUGAACCCACAUGCCAAGUACACAAGGAUAAAGCUGUAUUCUUUGCUUGCCCUGUGCCUAAGGGCUGUGAGACUAGUCAUUGCUGGUCAAUCAAGAGUCAGCUUUAUGCUUUUUCUUGGACUUCCUCCAGGACAAGACUGUGGGCUGUAGAAAUGGGAAACCCUGGUAGUCUGUGGUUUGCAGUUUUGGGGACCAUUGGAAGGCCCUGACUGUACUCUCUGCUCCCAUCCCUUCCCAGCUCCCCCUCCGGGGCUUCGGGGGACACUGGAUCUCCAGGUUAUUCGUGUUCGGAUGGAGGAGCCACCAGCCGUCCGCCUCUUACAGGACUGGUCCAAGCAUCCCCAGGGUACCAAGGGGGUGGGAACAGGUGACAACCCAGAC